UUUUGCCUAGAUGGAGAUUAUCCCCUUAAUCUUGCAGUCUCAAGGUGUGCAUUUUCAGAUUUGUUGACUCAGGAAAGCUGGUGAUAGCAUUAAAGGCUGAUUACAUUACGCUGUAGCUACAUUUAGGCUGUUGCGCCUCUGAGUUGCAAGAACUCCUGUUUGUUCCGCUCACUAAAGAGAAUGGCAAGAAGAAAUGUCCUCAUUACAGGUUGUUCUUCAGGAAUUGGACUGGCCUUAGCUGUAAAAAUGGCAAGAGAUGAACAGAAAAGAUUUAAAGUGUUUGCCACCAUGCGGAACCUGGCCAAGAGCGCGCCGCUCGAGGAGGCCGCAGGUGCCAGGCUGGGCAAAACCCUGGAGAUUAAACAACUGGAUGUCUGUGAUGAAGAGUCCAUUCGGACGUGUGUGAAUAGUAUUCCCGACAGGAGGAUCGAUGUUUUAGUUAGCAAUGCUGGAAUGGGACUCAUUGGACCUAUUGAAUGUCAGAGCAUAGAAGAAAUGAAAACCGUGAUGGAUACCAACUUCUUUGGACUGGUUCGGCUCCUGAAGGAGAUUUUACCUGACAUGAAGAAGAGGAAGAGUGGCCAUAUAGUUAUAAUAAGCAGUGUUAUGGGAAUACAAGGUAUCCUGUUUAAUGAUGUUUAUGCUGCAUCUAAGUUUGCUGUGGAAGGAUUCUGUGAAAGUUUAGCUAUACAGGCACUCAAAUUUAAGCUGCAGUUAAGUCUGAUCGAACCAGGCCCGGUGGUCACAGAGUUUGAAAGAAAAGUUUUUGAAGAUGGAAUGAAAAUGGAUCUUUCAGCUGCAGACAAGGAAACGGCUGAGAUGUUUACUAACAUUUACCUUAAAAAUUACAAACAAAUUUUCCAGAGUCUGGGACAAAGUGCUGAGGAUGUUGCAGAGCAUACAGUAAAGAUAAUUCUUGCAGAAAAUCCACCUUUUCGCCAUCAAACCAACACCUUGUAUACUCCGAUGACAACUCUGAAGUACGCAGAUCCCAAUGGAGAUCUACCCAUUGAUAUAUUCUACAAAAUGGUUUUUCAUCAUGACAAAGUAUUCAGUGCAAGUCUUAACUUUAUCAAACUGCUAAGGUGGAGAAGUAGAAAGAGCUUUGACUUGGGAAAACCUUCCCAAUAA